CCCUCCCUCAGCUUCCGAUGGGUGAGGACGCUGAGAGCCCCAAAAUCAACCACACCUUCCUGCGAGACUACGUCACUGAAGCUGAUGUCAUCUCUACGGUGGAGUUUAACCAGACAGGGGAUCUGCUGGCCACGGGCGAUAAAGGUGGCCGAGUGGUCAUCUUCCAGAGAGAGACUGAGUCUAAAGGGGAGUCAGAGGAGGCAGGGGAGACAGGGGACUCUGGGGAGUACAAUGUCUACAGCACGUUCCAGAGCCAUGAGCCGGACUUUGACUACCUGAAGAGUCUAGAGAUUGAAGAGAAAAUUAACAAGAUCAAAUGGCUGUCACAGCAGAACGCAGCACAUUUCCUCCUCUCCACCAAUGAUAAGACCAUUAAACUGUGGAAGGUGAGUGAGAGAGACAAGAGACCAGAGGGAUAUAACCUGAAAGAUGAGGAGGGACGGCUCAAGGACAUCUCUACCAUAACCUCUCUGCAGGUGCCCGUGCUGAAACCUACAGAUCUGAUGGUAGAGGUCCGUCCCAGACGAGUGUUCGCCAAUGGUCACACAUACCAUGUCAACUCCAUCUCAGUCAACAGUGACGGGGAGACGUACCUGUCUGCUGAUGACCUCCGCAUCAAUAUGUGGCACCUCGGCAUCACGGACCGCAGCUUCAAUAUUGUGGACAUCAAACCAGCCAACAUGGAGGAUCUGACAGAGGUGAUAACAGCAGCAGAGUUCCACCCUCACCACUGCCACUUGUUUGUGUACAGCAGCAGCAAGGGCACCCUUCGCCUCUGUGACAUGAGAGCCUCUGCACUCUGUGACAGACAUACCAAAUUGUUUGAGGAACCUGAGGAUCCAGGGAGCCGGUCCUUCUUCUCAGAGAUCAUUUCCUCCGUGUCGGACGUCAAGUUCAGCCACAAUGGACGCUAUCUGCUGACCAGAGACUACCUCACCGCCAAGGUGUGGGACCUAAACAUGGACAAGGGCCCCGUGGAGACGUACCAGGUCCAUGAAUACCUGAGGAGUAAGCUGUGUUCCCUCUAUGAAAAUGACUGCAUCUUUGACAAGUUUGAGUGUGUUUGGAACAGCUCAGACAGUGUGAUCAUGACUGGGGCGUACAACAGCUUCUUCCGGAUGUUUGACAGGGAGACGGGCCGAGGUGUAACCCUGGAGGCGUGGCGGGAAAGCAGCAAACCUCGGGCUGUGCUGCGGACCCGGCGUGUCUAUACCGGUGGUAAGCGUCGCCGUGGAGAUGUGGGUGUUGAUAGCCUGGACUUCACAAAGAAAAUCCUGCACAUGGCUUGGCACCCAUCUGAGAAUAUAAUUGCCAUAGCAGCCACCAACAACCUGUACAUCUUCCAGGAUCGUGUCAACCCUGAGACGCAGGUACAGUGA